AUGAAGGUCUUGUUGGGGCUCUACCUGGCCACCGUCUUCACGUGUCGGAUUACUCUCCGGACAUCCUGUGCGGAGAACUUGCAUUGGGCGGUCGUCAUGGCUCUGGAGGAUGGAAUGUCACUUCUCUCCUUUGCCGUGGGCCUCUACGUCCUUCAUCGCAGCAACGGAGCCCCGCUGACGCUCCUGGCGAAGAGCGCCGCCGCCCACAUUGAGGGCGCAGCGGCACCCUUCUCCCAACGGACCCGCGCAUUAGUGUCGGAGGAGGACCGGAAUACGUACACGGAAAAGCGCUUUAAGCUUUUCAACAUGGCGCUAUGA